AUGUCGGCCGCCGCGACAGCCCCAUUUACAGCGGACCAGCUCAAUCGGUACCGUCUCACGCAUCCGGACAAGGAGCUGCGCUGGGUCAUCCGUCGCCUGAACCGCCUGCCCUACAUUGACACUGUUGAGGCCAUCACCGCUGUCGCUGCCGAUGGCCAGGCGCCCGAUGCCGCCGCCCUCGCGAGCGCGGCCGCCGACCGCGCGGCCGAGACAGAGCUGGCGCGCCUCGAUCUCGACAAGUGGCGUCUGGGCGUGGACCGCACGCUGGCCAGUGUGCGCAAUUUCCAGCGUCAGAGAGAGUCGUAUUUGCGUAAAGUGGGCGAGGCCGAGGCGCGUACCGAGGUAUUGAAGCAGACGCUGGUGGAUGAGAAGGCGCUGCUUGCCGCUCGCCUGCAGGAGCGUGAUCAUCGUGUCAAGUGUGACGAGGUGGCCAAGAAGAUUGUGGCGAGGGGCAAGACGCGCCGCGAGUUGGAAGAACAAAUAGACUCGCUCAAGCGCGCAAUCACCGACCACCGCACGUCCUACGACGAGAUGGUCUCCAUUGCCAACGCGCGUUCCGAGGCCUUUGCCCGUAUCACUGCAUUGGUGGACGAGUGUCGUGCACUGAAGCUGCCUGCCGCGAGCGGCGCGGAAGCCGAGCCCGUCGAGGAGGCCGCGCCCGUAGCCUCUGCCUCCUCAUCAGCGGUCGCGACCCGCCUGUCAGCCGCUACUCUCCCUUUCCAGCCCUCGGCUCCGGGCGGGUCCUCAUCUAUCCAGGCCAGCACCAACGCGUCUCUGCGCGCCCCUUCCCAGUCGGCCCCCAACUCGCGCUCGGGCACUCCGGCACCAGGCCAAGGCCACCACCUGCCGUCCCGUCCGCAACGGACAGCGAGCGCCGCAGGCAACAUGAGUGUUGGAGGACGGUACGGCCGUGGCAUCGCUGGCUCAACUGGGCUUCCAUCGCGCCCGAGUGCGCUGAGGAAUGUGCGUGGCGGUAGUGGGCUCGAGGACGGCGAGGUGGGGGAGUCGGAGGAUGGAGAGGUGAAGGAGGGCAGUGGCAAGAGGAAGGCGGGCGAGGUUGAGGGAAGGAGUACGCGGGCUAGGAUGUAG